UGCCGCCGUGACUCCAUCGACAGUCGCAUAAUCAGCAACAGCCGAAAAGAGUCGGUCGGUCGGCACCGCUGACGAAGACUAUCAUAACACGCAAUGCUCGACUACGUCGAAUUCCCGGUGUUGCCCAUCGUCAGGGCGCAUCUCAUCAUCAACUCCGUUAUUGCCGGGUUAGCGGUGCUGGUUGUGACACUGCGUCUCGCCUCCCGCUUCACCUCCGGAGCCGGACUCUGGUGGGAUGACUACCUCAUCAUAUUUGCCUUGCCCCAGGGCCUCGGCAUGCUCAUCAUCCAGGGACUAUGGUCACCAAUGGGAAUUGGCUUCAACGUGACCGAAACGAUGCCGAAUCUGCCACACAUCCUCAAGUUGCUGGUGUCGUACGAGCUCAUCUACGCAACCUCGAUCAGCACCAUUAAACUCAGCAUCUUGCUCUUCUACCUCCGCGUCUUUGUCAACCGAGGCUUGCGUAUGGCCACUAUAGCCUCUCUCAUCUUCGUCUCGGUUUGGAGCAUCGGCAAUUUCCUCCAGGUCUUCCUCAUCUGCCGACCCUUCGCUAAGACAUACACUCCUCUGAUGCCGGGCACGUGCGGCGACCAGGUGGCCUCUUUCAUUGCUAUUGGUGCCUUCAACAUCAUCACCGAUGUCAUUAUCCUGACGCUCCCGCUGCCCACUGUCUGGUCGCUCAAGAUGUCGACGCCGGCAAAGCUUGGCCUAACGGGCGUGUUCCUCGUCGGUCUCAUCGUUAGCGUUAUCGGCGUCAUCCGUAUUGUCACCCUGACGCAACUCGACUUGAUGAACCUCACGGGAACCAUGAUCUGGGCCGACUUCUGGUCCGCCACCGAGCCGAACCUGGCCAUCCUGUGCGUCAGUCUGCCCAUGCUGGGCUCGCUCUGGUCACGGUGCGUUGCCACGCGCCGGGGAAACUCCAAGCUCGCCUACCACUCUUCCGAGAGCGGCACACACGGUAGCGCUUUCAGCAAGCUGAAGAACCAAAGCGCCACCGACACCCAAAUCCCGCUCGAGAGCAUCUACGCCGCCAACCAGACGGUACAUUACCGGUCGGCCGCUACCACCGACACCCCGGGGGCAGACCGGGAGGCGGGGACAUUCACCGACAAGGACAAGGACAGCGGCUCCGAGGUGGCCUUGACGGAGCAGCCACCCUACCAAACGGACCCGAAGACGGGCAUCAGGGUGCAGACGAAGUGGUCCAUCUCGCACGACUAAACCAGCGCUGGGUCGCAGCCCCUGUACCAGUAACAUAGUAACGUUCUCUUUUAAUGCUCGGCCGUGUUCUUUUUCGUUUUUGCUUUCACAAACGCGGGUCGGAUAUCUAGUACAUGCGAUUACGGCAUGGGAGUCUUGGGGGUUUUGAAAACGGGUCACAGUGCGGCGGCUCGCCGGCUGUGUGUUAUCAAAAAGGGGUUUUCUUUUUUGUUUUUUUUGGGCACGAUGAAACACGAUAGACAAGAUACCUACCUUACAGUUCAACACAGAGAAGCAAUUGCUGCAU